AUGUCGAGCCAGGCCCCACAUGAUUACACUUCUGGCCAGCCUUUUGCCCUUAUCUAUAUUGAUCAAUAUGGGAAAAUUCACCAUAAGGUGUCCCCUUCAAUCGUCCACUACCGCGACACUAUCCUCAACCCUCAAGUCACCACGGAAUUCCUGAAAGCGGUGGCAAAGUCCACUCAAGUUGGGCUGCAAGAGCCUUCCCUAGAUACCCAGCCAUUUCCUGGUCACCUCGGGACCUAUGAAUCUAACGAUUCGUGGCUGCCAAUGAACAUCAAGGUCGAGGGACAUAGUGCGCCCAUGGCGAAUGGAUGCUAUUACAAGCCUACUGUGUGGCCAGGAAAUGGAAAAGCUUGUUCAGCCAUCUUGAAAGAUGAACUGUUUCACGUGAAACCCCCUUGUAUACAGAAGCACAGGCUGAAGCCUCAGGAAGCCAUGAUAUCUAUCAAAGAUACAAAUUUCCUUCGGCGAUACUACGAAAAGGUUUUCCAGAAUAUACAGCAAACCAAUUGCCGAAUCCUGGCAAAAGCCUAUGUGAAACUUAUCGAGCCCCAGAAGCAAGUUAACCACCCUUACAAUGGACGAAAACUCGCCGGGGGAGAAUUGCACCAAUUAAGUCCUGAUGAAAGUAAGCCGCCCUGGUGGCCUCCUGGAGUACGCCAUCGAGAGCCCGACCAUCUACUCAAAGCAGGUAAGAGGGCACUUUCCUGCGCAUGGUAUGCACUAAACUCAUCAUUUCACUAG